UCAACUAGCCAAACUAUUCUGACAAUAUAGUCUACACAAUAGGGAUCUGUUGUAAUUGGUUGUAGGCAACAUAUUUGUAAUAUUAUUCUCUUUUCACUUAUUAUAAGGGGUGGUAGGUGUGUGUAAUGUAUAUAUGGACUUGGAUAAGUUUCAUAGAGCUUUUAUAUAUACGUGGUUUUCAACUAUAGCUGCAAUCUUGCAGUUCAAAAUUCCAAGCUUUGCUCUAAUGAAGGCUGCUCUCAAAUAUUUGGUAGGCAUUGCUGGCCCAAGUGGCUUUGGCUCUAAAUCUACUGCUGACCAAGUCACUCAACAUUCAUCUAUCAAUUCUCAGCUCACCGCAAUUAUCACUGGCGCAACAUCAGGGAUAGGGGCAGAAACAGCAAGAGUACUGGCAAAAAGGGGUGUAAGGAUAGUAAUCCCAGCAAGAGACUUAAAGAAAGCAGCAAUUGUGAAGGAAUCCAUACAAAAAGAGAGUCCAAUGGCUGAGAUUAUAUUAUUAGAGAUAGACUUGAGUUCAUUUGCUUCCAUUCAGAGAUUUUGUGCUCAGUUCUUGUCUUUAGGGCUGCCCCUUCACAUUCUCAUAAAUAAUGCAGGGAAAUUUUCGCAGAAACUGGAGUUCUCUGAAGACAAAAUCGAGAUGACUUUUGCCACAAACUACUUAGGUCAUUUUCUAUUGACAGAGUUGCUAUUAGAGAAAAUGGUUGAGACAGCAGAAGCCACAGGGAUUCAAGGAAGAAUAGUGAAUGUUACUUCAGUAGUUCACAACUGGGUGAAAAGAGAUCAAUUCCGCUUCUGCAAAUUGCUCAAUCCAAAGAAUUAUAAUGGUACUCGUGCAUAUGCUCAGUCAAAAUUGGCCAACAUAUUACAUGCCAAGGAAUUGUCAAGACAACUAAAGGCAAGAAAUGCAAAUGUGGCUAUCAAUGCAGUCCAUCCUGGAAUUGUAAAGACUGGAAUAAUCAGAGAUCACAAGGGCUUUAUCACAGAUUCUCUCUAUUUUAUGGCAUCGAAGCUUCUAAAGUCAACAUCACAGGGUGCAGCAACCACAUGCUAUGUAGCACUGAGCCCACAAACAGAAGGGAUAAGUGGGAAAUACUUUGCAGACUGCAAUGAAAGUCACUGUUCAGUUUUAGCAAAUGAUGAAACUGAAGCUCUUAAGCUUUGGAAGGGUACUCGUGUUCUCAUCCAUAGAAGAUUGCUUCCACCUGUAGGAUGAACAAACCUUUUUUUUUUCUUUUUUACUUUUGGGAAGGAGGGAUGUACAUGUAAAUAAAUAGAUAUACUCUUGUAUAUCCAUGAUAACAAAUGAAAAUAUCAUACAAAUAGACCAAUUGUUAGCAAACUGAUGGAAAACAAAUGUUAGUGGAAUAAUGAAGGUUCUUCUAGUGGUCCAUUACUAUGAACACGCUUUUGCCUUUCUGUUUUGCACUUUUGGAAUAAUAUUCAAGAUACCAUAAACAUCCCUUAUGGUUUUACAACUACCUUACGAAGGGAUCCACAACAAAUUCAUCAUCUUUCUUUCGCAUUGUGCAAUUAAUUCCUAACUUUCCUUAAGUUGCUUUGUCAUCAACAUUGCAAACAACAGCAAUUCCAAAUUGAUAUUACAACAACUACUAUUACUACGCCUCAGUCCCAAAUAAGUUGGGAUCAGAACAAUUCCAAAUUGACAUUAAAUAAGUAGAUAAUUAUCCUAGAAAGCAAAAUCCAGAGUAAAAGUGUUGGCUGCACCUGUAAACUGUUCCACUGAAAGUAGCUCAUAUCACUCAAGUAUAUCAUUUUCCAAAAAGAAUGCAGCAUCUAAGCAAUCUUCUAUCCUACAAUACAGACAUUUGAUACACAACAAUGUACAAAAAGAAAAAGAAAACUGGAAAGUCAUAUGGCGAUUUAAUGGAGCAAAACCAACAAAGCUUCGACCUAAGAAAUGAAGUCAGCCAACUACAAACGUUAAGGCUUUGAGCAUCUGAUCAGGUAGCCAUUUGACAUGACUCGUUACUGAUCCCAAUAUUUCAGUAGAAGCAAGUUAGGUUUUUGCUUAUCAGGACUCGUGAAUUAACGAAAAUUUGUUGGCUAAGCAACUGCACAAUCAUUAUCAUCUCUUGACCUGCCAAAAAGUGAAUUUUGCACAUUAGGAACCCAUGCAGGGUGAAGUGCUUGCUCAAAUUUAAUCUAAUAAGCCUCAUUCAAUCUAUGCAAUGAUUGUUGAAGCGAAGAUAUUUCUCCCCAGAUAUUUCCUGCCAAAAGAACAUUCACAUGAAGGCAUAACGAGUGAAUUCUUCAUGAACAGUCCUGUUCAGAAAAUUCAGUCAUCAAUGUUGUAAAAGAGAGAAUCUUUCCGUAUAAAUGCUCUGCAUGUGAUAUUAGCUCCAUAGGGUGAAACGUGGUCGACAUUGGUUAACCGUAACCAAGUGUGCUAAUUUCAUUCCUAUUAAGGUGCUGACACCGGUUACCUUACCAUUUCCUUGCUUCAUUGAUCUGUUCUAACUUUUUCAUUUGCUUUUAGUACCUUAAGAUGCUUCUUAAUGAACUUGCCACCAAAUCACCAGACUAUGACCUAACCCCAUGCACUGGCUUAACACAGUCAUGUAAAUGACAGCACACAUCAUAUCUCUAACCUCCAAGCUAGACAUAAUUAUGUAUAUCAUGAACAAUUGGUCCAAAAAGAAUAGCAAAAGUAAUACAAAGUUUAUAAAUGUGAGGACCUGAAUGACAAGAAAAGCAAUAAAAGAAAGUACCGCUUAUUUGAGUCUACAGAGUUCAAAGAGCAAAACGAUAAGCAAUAUAAAGGACUUGCUAAAAAACAGCAUAAUUCACUCAAAGCUGACCUUAACCAGAAAAUCCUUGCUGUCUUACAAAAUUUAACAAAUACCAAAGACUAGUCUAUCUCAUUAGUUUAUCUGAAUUACAGUACAAUGAAUUGAGCUUAAUCAGUCCUCAACUUAACUUGGCUAAACUUAAUUGAAUCCUUUGAAUUGAGAUCAAACAUAUCGCAUAAAAAUACUCCUCAAUCCCAAAGAGUAAGUCAUCUCCUUUUUGGAAAAUCCCAAAAGGUCGUCAACCUUCCCAUAAAAACGUUUUACUACAUCCAACUAGAACAAAUUUUUAAGGUAUCCACCUAAUUCCCUAUUCUAUUUAUCCAAAACAUAGGUGAACAUAUGAACCCAUAAGUUUCCUAAGAAAUGCUAGAUAGUUCAUAUUUUGAACUCUUUUUGUAGUAACUAGUAAGCUCGCUGAAUAAAAACAUCCAAGACUGUUCCUUUCUGAGGGGCACACAGAAAUCAUCCAAAGCAUAUACAUCUAUGUUGGUUUAUAUGUUUGUAUAUCCAGACAAGCCAAUGAGAAAAGGUUAUCAAGUUCAGAUGCUUGUGAACCUUUUAAACAGUCCAGUAGAUAGACCUACAGGACAUAAUCAGUGGCAAUUUUUGUUCAGGUUAAUCAUGACUCUUUUUUUUUUUUGGUUUGUAUCUGCAUCAUGUUAACAAAAACUUAGCAUGUCAAUGAGGGAUUAAACAUGCAUAGCCUGGAAAUCUACACUGUAUCAUAGGAAAGAAUGUAUGCGGCAUACUUCAGAAUUGCUUAUCAGUGAUUUUUGCAUGUCCCCUUUGUCAGUUAAUAAUAAAGUCCAAAUUUCAACUUUUUCUGCAACAUCACUAUCCCACACUUUACUCAUCAUUAGGAGUGUCAAUUUUGACUCAUAAAAUGGUAUCAAGGUCUCACCCAGACGUCAAUAGGUUGGAUGAGUAAUCUAUCCAUUUAAGAGUUAAAUUUAUGUAGCUCUAAUCAGCCCAUCCAAAAGAUUGGGUUAACUUGCAUUACAUAAUUAGCAAUUUUCCCCAAAUUAACCUGUAAGAGAAAUUUGUUACAAAUAAAAAAAGAAUAGAGAGAGAAAUAUAUCUACCACAGGGUAUAAUAUUACUUUCUUGCACAAUACUUUUUUUUUACGAACCUACAAAUUAGAAAAGAAAUAGAACAAAUGGAAAAGUGGCUUUGAGAUGAGUAGGUUGGCCUAUGACCCAUCGAUCCACUUAUCUUGACCGAAGGGUAUUUUGGA